ACACGGGUUACUUUGGAGAAAGCACAAUGUCAGCGACCUUCCCCGGACUUGUCCACGACGCAGAGAUACGUCACGACGGAUCAAACAGUUACCGGCUCAUGCAGCUCGGUUGCCUGGAGUCCGUGGCCAACUCCUCGGUCGCCUACUCUUCCUCCUCCCCGCUCACCUACCCAGCGCCGGCGGGGACGGAGUUCGCCUCGCCCUAUUUCUCGGCCAACCACCAGUACACGCCCCUCCACCACCAGUCCUUCCACUACGAGUUCCAGCACUCCCACCCGGCCGUAGCCCCGGAGGCCUACGGCCUGAACUCGCUGCACUCGGGCCAGUACUACCAGCAGAUCCAUCACGGGGAACCAGCCGACUUCAUCAACCUGCACAACGCUCGCUCGGCCCUCAAGUCCUCGUGCCUGGACGAGCAGCAGCGGCGCGAGCUCGGCUGCCUCGACGCUUACCGGCGCCAUGACCUGUCGUUGAUGACGUCACACGGCUCCCAGGCCUACGGUGUCGGUAUGCACCACCCGGACCAGAGGCUGCUGCCCGGAGCCGGCCUGGGUCUUCCUCCGCCGGCGUCAGACGACCUACAGGGCUCCGUGGAAGCGCAGUGUGGGCUCGUGCUCAACGGCCAAGGGGGCGUCAUCCGGAGAGGUGGGACGUGUGUAGUGAACCCUACAGAUCUGUUCUGCUCCGUACCAGGCCGCCUGUCGCUGCUCAGCUCCACCUCCAAGUACAAAGUGACCAUCGCAGAGGUGAAAAGAAGACUGUCCCCACCAGAGUGCCUCAAUGCCUCCUUACUGGGCGGCAUACUGCGCAGAGCAAAGUCUAAGAACGGAGGCCGGUGUCUGCGGGAGAAAUUAGACCGUCUGGGCCUAAACCUGCCGGCAGGACGGAGGAAAGCUGCCAACGUCACUCUACUCACCUCCCUGGUGGAAGGUGAGGCACUCCACCUGGCACGGGACUUCGGCUACACCUGCGAGACAGAGUUUCCUAGCAAGGCGGUCGGUGAACAUUUGGCGAGGCAGCACAAUGAGCCGAAAGAAACCAGCGCGCGCAAGAAGAUGGUUCUGGCUACAAAGCAAAUCUGUAAGGAGUUCCAGGACUUAUUGAGCCAAGACCGCUCUCCUCUGGGCUCCUCCAGACCCACCCCCAUCCUGGACCUGGACAUCCAGAGACACCUCACACACUUCAGUCUGAUCACUCACGGGUUCGGCACGCCGGCAGUCUGCGCAGCUCUCAGCACCUUCCAGACGGUCCUGAGCGAGAUGCUCAACUAUCUGGACAAGAACUCGAGCGGGAAAACGAGCGGACCCAACGACCAACAGAUCAACAACAGCUCGGAAAAGACGCAGCUCCGGAAAACAGCCGAGCCCCAGAGCAAAGACGGGAAAACAGAAAAGACUGAGUAGCCCCCCCACAGCCGGUCCCUGUGCCUUGGAGCGCUGCAUUUACCAGUGUGUGCGUGUGUGUUCAUGAGUGUGUGUGUCAUAUUUUCUUCUUUGGGACAGUUCAUAUUUAUUGUUUAUUUAUUUAUCUUAUUUUUAAAAAUUUACCCCAACCUGAAGUGUCCCAAACAAGACAUCCAGAUGUGCGAGUGAUGAGCGGGCUGUACGAUCAUGAGUGAGGAGGAGCCUCUCUGUGGAGUCAGCUGGGACUCAUCCAGGACUUUCAUCACGUUAUUUAUUAUUUCUCUAAAGAGGAAUUAAAUGCAGACAUGCUGACAUCACAGUUUUCCAGGACAGGGGGGGGUCUACUGCCAAAACAACAAAACACAAACCAAAACCUCACAAACACCUUUGUCUGGUGUGGCUUUGCAGCAAAAAUACAAAAGCUUGAACACAGUUUAGUCCUAUGAAAAUCAGACUCAUCUAUUUAUUAUUAUUUAUCACUAUUUAUUAUUAGUAUUUAGAUCAAUCUCUACAAAGACCCAACAAAGCCUUGUUUUGGUCAGCUAAACCAAAAUUAUUAUUAUUAUUUUUUUACCAUUUAUGAGAUUUAUUUUGGAAAUAAUGCUCUGAUUUAUUGCACUACGUGUUCUGGAUUAUCAUGAGUUUUUGCUUUACAGACAAUGAAGAACUUGUAUAAUCAAGUAUUCUAUUUGUCUAAAAAAUGCCUGAAAAGGUAUUUUAAGAGUCAUUUUUUCAAUAGAUCAAAGUUAAAACUUAUUUUUUUCCAAACCAACAGAUCAAAAGACUGUAUUAAAUUAAAAGACAAAAGAUGCAUUUUUUCCUCCUGAUGAAGCUGCAAUUAGAGAUGUUUUUCUUGCAGGUUCACUCAAAUUGAUGCCAUGUAGCCCUUCAUCAUUAACAUGUUUAUUGUUUAUUGAUUUUACAAUGAAUUAGAUUGUCAUUAUGCCUCUUAGAUAUAUAAAUUAAAAAGACAAUUAAUAAUAGAAUGAUGAAAAAUAGGAAAUACCUUAUUUGAUGAGGCUGUAUUUUUCUUCAAAAGUCACCAAAAUCUUAAACUAAAAUUAGAGUAGUUUUGAAAAACACUUUCUACAUGCAUGUGCACUUAAAUAUGCUAAAGCUGCAGCUGUCAUUGAAUUCUUUUACUCCCCAUUGAUGGGAAAAUUCUUUUUAAUAUUGAUAAAUUACCUUUUACAAAAAAGUUGAGAAGUUUUGAGAAAGUCUCACAAUUUCUAAGAACAUAAAAAAGCUUUGUUAAUUAAAUUGUUUCAUUAAUGAUGCUGCAACCAGUAAAAGUUUUCUACAAAUGUCACUGAAAAAUGAUAAAAUGGUUAAAAAUAUUCAAGCUGAAAUCUUUAUACAAGCAUAAACACAUGUACUGAUUGUUUAAUAUUGUUAAAUUAGUUGCUAGGUCAACAAAAGUUCAGAAAGUUGUGAAAAGUCUCACAAUUUCCCUAAGAUUGCAGUUUAUUUUUUAUCUUGUCCAAUGAACAGAUGCAAAAACUUUAUUUUAAAAUUUCAUUUUAAUACUUUAUUUUCAAAAAUAGCAAAUUGUUUUUGAUGAAGCUGCAAUCAGAAUAUUUCCUCCAAAAAUCGUCAAAAAGGAUUUAUCAAUAACAAAAUAGUUUAGAAUGGUUUCUGAACCACUAAAGCUGCAGCUUAUGCUUACAUGUACAUUCUUGAUUGAUCUGUUGAUUGUUUUUAUUUGGAUAAAUAAGCUGUCAAGUCAAUACACAGAAAGUUGCAAAAAAAAUCUCUCAAUUUCUGAUGGAAUAAAUGGAAUUUUUUGAUUAUUUUUGUCAAACAUCAAAAGACUUUGUCGAAAGUUAAAUUCUUUGAUGAAGAAGCACUUGAAAAAGUUUUGAUCCAAAAACUAACAAAAUGUUUAAUCAUAACAAAAAAAGAUUAGAAAUGCUCUGACUGAACCCUUUACACAUUCAUUUACACUUUCAAAACACUCUUCAGUAGCAGCUAAUGAUUCCUGAUUGAUUAACCGCUUGUUUUUAAAAAUGAUUUAAAAAAAAAAACAAAGUAAACAAAAGUUAAUAAAGUUGUGAGAAAGUCUUACAAUUUCUCGGAGAUGAAAACAAUUCAAACAUCAAAAGACUUGGUUCAAAGUAAAUUCUUUGAUGAACAUUGAAAUUUUUGAUCCAAAAUCAACAAAAUGAUGAAAACAUAAAACCAAUUCUGUUAUUUUUUCAAUUAUGAUAAAUAAAACAAGUCCAUGAAAUGUCGUAAAGUUGUGAGAAUGUCUUACAGUUCAGAGAUUAAAGUAAAUUCUUUUUUUUUCCCCAACAAACACCAACAGACUUUGUUUAUUAAAAACAAACAAAUUAAUUAUCUGAUGAAGACUGAGUUAAGAGUUUUUUUGUACCCAAAAGUAAUCAAUAAUAUUGUUUAUUAACAGGGAAAAAAGCUUUAUCGUGAACAAACUUGUAAACAACCAGCAAACAAUUAAUAACUGUUACUGUUAUUGAUAAACCUGCUGAUUAUUUCUUAUGAUUAGUGAAUUGUUUAAAUUGUUUUGAAAGUUCCCACGAUUUCUCAGACAUCAAAGUAGUUUUUUAACUGCUUUUUAAAAAAAUGACAGAUCAAAGAGUUUUAAUUUAUGAAAUGGCAUUGAAGAGCAGCUGUUAGUAAAUGAUUGAUCAUUUUUAAUGGCAAAAUUAUCCAAAUGAUUAUCAAAAUAUCAUCAAUCAGUUGAUCAACAGUUAAUUAAUUGCUGCAGCUACAAUACACAUAGAGAUCAAUGAAGAACCCCCCUGUACCUGUGGAAGCCAUUCAACUCCACCAAGCAGACUUUAUUUUGAUUUGUAUGCUGAACAAUCAGUGCCAUAGCAAAGUGUGUAUUUCAACUGAAGUUUCUGGAUGUGACACCACUGCCUGGGGUUAUAGGCGACUCUGUGGUGUGUGUUAAUGUGUGUGUGAGUGCUAGAGAGAGAGAGAGAGAAGGGUCCAACUCAGCCAUUUUGUAAAAGGUGACUCCGCGGUCGCCGUCGUUCCUCUUCCUUGUGCAUGUCUAUCUUUGUACACUCCCCUCCUCCCCCCUGGAUCGCAAGUUUAGCCGACACAAGCUCUCCGAGCUGCUCAUGAACAUUUGUAAAGAUAUAUAUAAAUAUUUAAAUUACUUUUCUUGUAGGCUUUCAACUAUAUAUAUGUUAAAU